AUGUCCCAAGCAUCCUCCGUACCUCUCUACACCCCCCCACGACCGUUCAAGAGCGAGCCCAGCCCAGACCCAAUCCCACCGUACCGCAGCAUGACCGUGCCCCAGAACAACAACCACGCCCCAGUACAGAUGCUCGUUGAGAACCGUGAGCGCUCUGCCCCGGCCGCGAGGCAUAGAGAUGAGGAGUUGGCGGUGGUGGCAGCAGUUGGAGAGGCGAAGGUGCCGCCGGUGAGUGAGGGAAAGUUGGUGAAUGGUAAUAGUGUCGGUACCGUGGCAGUAGGGACGGGGGAUGAAGAGCUCUAUUCGGCCCCGGCGAAUCCGGGUGUUACGGUGAGAGAAACCCGAAACCCCACACUUGAAGCCGAAGAUACACCCAUGGCCGAAACGUCCGAAACGUCCGCCGAUAGCGGUCUUGCCGUCCUUGGCGGCGGUAUGCGUAGAAUGGUGGAUCUUGUGAACCGGCUGCGGGCAUCGGGGAUUGAGGAUCUUGGGCUACCGUUGCCGCGUAUUGCGGUGGUGGGGAACCAGAGUGCGGGAAAGAGUAGUCUGAUUGAGGCUAUUAGCGGGAUUAAAGUGCCGAGAUAUACGGGGACUUGUACUAGGUGCCCCCUCGAAAUCAACCUUUCUGAAUCCAGCCACCCUCGCGAUAGCUGGCACUGCCAUAUCUCGCUGCGCUUCAAGAAGCGCUACGACCCCGACACCGUCUCCAAGAACACCUCUACGGGCCGCAGCUCCUCGCCCUGGGUCGAGCAAAAGGCCGAACAAGUGGCCUUCCUCGACAUUGUCGACAAGUCGCAGGUCGAGCGCGCGCUCGUCGCCGCACAGCAGGCUGUCCUGAACCCAAGUCGCAACUGGCGCGAGUAUGCGCGUGAGAUGGUGCCCGUUGCAGCGGGAGGUGCUGCUGGGCUGAAGUCGAGGAUUGGCGGCGGUGGAGCACGGGGGAGGAGGGGUCAGGGGAAGGGGAGUAAGGAUGGAGAGGAUGGGUUUGAGGUCAAGUUUAGUCCGAACGUGGUUUGUAUGGAUAUCACUGCACCGGACUUGCCGAACCUGGCGUUUAUUGAUCUGCCGGGUCUUAUCCAAACCACAGAAUCGGAAAGUGAAAAUUACCUGAUCGACUUGGUAACCGGCUUGGCAAAGGAGUACAUCAACCAGCCGGAUUGCCUGAUCCUGCUAGCGCUAACAAUGAAAGACGAUGCCGUUAACCAGUCUGCAGCCCGCAUUGCCCACGAGUUUGGCGAAGAAAGAACUAUUGGCGCUUUGACCAAGCCAGAUACCGUUGGCCCCGGAGAAUACGACCAAUGGGUCAACAUCCUCCGCGGAAACUCCCACCGCUUGAAGCACGGCUACUUUGUUACAAAGCAGCCUAACCAGGAACAGCUCAACCAGAGCAUCGACCACGCCCAAGCCCGCGCGCAGGAAGCAGAGUUCUUUGCGAGAAGCGAGCCUUGGGCAACAGACCUUCAAGACCUCCAGCACCGCUUCGGCACCCAGGCACUGCAGAGCUACCUUGCCAAGGAGCUCGGCGAGCUGAUCAAGAAACGGCUCCCGGACGUAAUCAAACUGAUCAAAGAGCAGCACGCUGAGGUUAAAGAGAAGCUUGUUGCGCUGCCACCUCCACCAACCGACAACCAGCUCUUCCUCGUCUACAACCUCAUCCAUGGCUUCAACACCUCGCUCAACAAGCACCUCCUCGGCGACAAGGACAACAACGAGUUCCCACACGCGCUGCGCCAAAACACAGACCAGUUCAUCCGCUCACUCGGCAGUGUGCGUCCCACGCUAAAAGUCUUUGAGACGUUCAAGGAGGAGAAUGACAUUGUGCGCCUGCUGGAAACACCCAGGAAGGAGAAGGAUAGGAGCCAUAAUAAUCACCUACAGCAGUCGGCGAGACGUGCCCAGGGGGGGAACGGAGCGGACCCGUUUGAGCGUGAGAGGGAGGGGUCGCCAUCCUUGAGGAAGGGGAGGAAGAAUCAGCAGGGCCCGGAGGUGCAUACCCUCUCAAGUGGCGAUGAGGGGACUGUUGCUCAUGUCAAGAAGCGAAAGGUAACUAACGAGGCUACGGUCCCCAUGACGCCUAAGAAACUCAAGAGGGUAGAUGAACAACACAAAUACAACCUCCCUCAAAUCCGGCACAUUAUUGACUCUACCGCCACCGCCCAAAUUCCCGGCCAAGUCGACCCCAAAGCCAUCGAGAAUCUCAUCAAAGAGACAAUCUACCUCUGGCGCCCCAUCCUCGAGAAGUUCAUCUCCGACUCGGCCCAACUCCUCAACCGCCGCAUCCACAACUGCUUCGUCGAGAACUUCGAGACCUAUAAGAAGAGCCCCAUCUUUGUUGAGGUCUACACAAUCCUCCAGAACCAGCUCAAAGAGUCGUACGAGCGCCUUAACGAGGCCGGCGCCCGCCUGUGGAACUUGGAGGUCAACCAGAUCUGCACUCUCAACGACGAGGACUACAAGAAGCACAUUGCCAACCACUCCCGCAUCCUCAAGGAGCGGCGCAAGCGCAACCUGCUAGAGCAGAACGAGCAUCGUGAGCAGCAGCUGCAGGCCGAGAAUACGGGAGGAACGUCGCGGAAGCGGAAGCUUGGUGGGGGCGGUAUUAAUGGCGGGGGCGGGAUGGCGAUGGGUUCGGACGAUAAUUCGAUGGAUGAUCCGUAUAGUAAGGAGAUUGAUGUGCUGGCCGAGGUCAGGGCGUACUCGGAGGUCGCCCAGAAGAGGUUCAUUGAUAACGUCUACAUGACGGUUAGAUUUGAGAUUGCAACGGUGUUUUUAAAGGCGGUACCGGUGGCACUGGAUCGCGAUUUAGGGCUGCAGAGGCCGGAUUCGAGCCAAAUUUGCGCGGCGCUCCUAGUGGAGGACCCCCAGAAGGAGAAGGAGCGGGCCAUUUUGCUACAGAGGAGCGAGCAGCUAUCGAGGGCGAUGGAGGAGCUAUGUCGCAUCACGAAUUGA